AUGGAUAAAACUCAGCUAUCAGCGGUGUUGCAACUGCUUAAAAAAUACAAUCUAAAAGGCACUGAAGAGAUUCUGCGGAAAGAGGCGAACAUAUCGGACAAUUUGAACGUCGAUUCGCUAAAUAGAGACGCCGACGUGAACAGCAUACUAAAAGGCUACAAAAGCGAUGGAGAUCCAGAAGCGUAUGAAGCAGCCUAUACAGACUUGAAGAAAUUCGUCGAAUACUCCUUGGACAUCUACAAGCAUGAAUUAGGGGCCAUUCUCUUCCCCGUGCUCGUGCACAUGUACCUCGAGCUGGUUUACAACGACCACGCUGAUAAGGGGAUCGAACUGAUGAGGAAAUUCGGCCCCGAGCAAGAUUACUAUUACCAAGACGAUUUGAGGAAAUUGGCUAUGAUCGUUAAGAAGGAGCAUAUGAACGGCAACGAAUUAGCCGAAACGUUUAAAUCUAACCAAUUCGUCAUCAGAAUAUCCAGGGACACUCUGAGCCUGCUGAAGAGACAUUUGGACGAAAAGAAGAGUUCCGUUUUGUUCAACAUAAUACAGGAUCAUUUGUAUUUUGAUACGUACGAAGGCGUCGCGAGGAAUAAGAGUCAAAUUGAUGCUACGGCUGGGUCUUUAGGCGGAGAGAUAUCUAGGUAUAACAAGACGAAAGUGUAUUACGGCAUACCGAAAGGACCGGAUCCGAUAACCAUAGCAGCGCCUACUGAGGAAGAUGACGGCGACGGAGGCGGAGGUGAUCCAGACAAUCCUGAUAAACCGAAAAAGAAAAAAGCCAAAAAGGACCCCAUGUUUUCGAAGAAGACGAAAUCAGAUCCGAACGCUCCCCCGCCUGAUCGUAUCCCUGCUCCAGAAUGGAAAGACAAUGACAAAGCUGAGAAGUUUAAGGCGUGUAAGGAAGCAUCGAAAAGGGUUACUUUAGGGCCAGAUUGUAUGCCGUCCUGUUGUUGUUAUACAUUAUUAAACGCCAAUUAUACAGUUUGUUGUGCAGAGAUAACUGAAGAUUCCAGCAUGUUGGCCGUCGGUUUCAACGAUUCUAUAUUGAAAGUAUGGACUCUCGUACCUCAAAAGUUGAAGGCCAUGAAGACCGCAGAACAGUUGGAGGAGGUUAACAUCGAGGCAGAGGAUGUGUUGGUGAGAAUGAUGGACGAACGUUCCGGUGAAACUUCUCGAACACUAUGCGGUCACAACGGUCCCGUAUAUUCGGUAUCUUUCUCACCCGAUCGGACUCUAUUGCUGAGUUGUUCGGAGGAUUCGACUAUACGUUUGUGGAGCCUCCAAAUAUGGACGUGUUUGGUGGUGUAUAAAGGCCACAUGUUUCCCAUAUGGGACGUCAAGUUCUCGCCUUUGGGGUACUACUUUGCCAGCGCUUCUUUCGACAGAACAGCCAGGCUUUGGGCCACCGAUCACUAUCAGCCAUUGAGACUAUUCGCCGGACACUUUUCGGACGUCGAUUGCAUACAAUUCCAUCCGAACGCGAAUUACGUGGCGACCGGUUCGAGCGACAGGCGCGUGUGCUUGUGGGACUGCGCCACGGGGAACAGGGCCAGGAUAAUGACGGGACACAAGUCUCCCAUCCAUUCGUUGGCGUUCAGCAACGACGGUCGGUAUUUGGCGUCGGGGGGAGCGGAUUGUAAAGUUCUAUUGUGGGAUCUGGCCCACGGUCAUCUGGUCGCCGAGAUGACCGGUCACGAGAAGACCAUACAUUGCUUGGCGUUCAGUAGAUGCGGUAACGUUUUAGCUUCCGGUGGUUUGGAUUGCACGUUGAAAAUAUGGGACUUUAGUAAACUGUUGGAGGAAUCGAAUGCAGAGGAAUUGAACGUGUCUCAUAAUCCCGACGUUAAAUCGGGGGAUUCUUAUCUUUUACGGAAUUUCGCAACGAAAAACUCUCCGUUGAUAAACUUGCAUUUUACUAGAAGGAAUUUGUUGAUUGCUGUAGCAUUAUUCGAUGGGGGGAGUACGUGA